GCCCACUCAGGAGCGGCUGCAGGCUGUAGGAGCCACGCUGGGAGGUGGCAGAGCGUGCGGUCCGCUGAUAGGGUCCCUGCAGGGUCUCAUCCAAGCUCUUGGAACGCGCAGGCUUGGCCAGCUGCAGGGUUUUGGGCGUCCCAGCUAAGGAUCACUAUGGAGGAGUAUCAUCAGGAGGCUGGGAAAGAGCGGAAGCCCUCCUCCAUGCCGGCAGAUCUGCAGGGGGACAGCUCCUUACAGGUGGAGAUUUCAGAUGCAGUGAGUGCGGACAAAGUGAAGUUCACUGUUCAAACCAAGAGCGGUCUCCCUCAGUUUGCCCAGCCCGAGUUCUCAGGGGUUCGGCAGCACGAAGAAUUUAUCUGGCUACAUGACACCUAUGUGGACGAGGAGUAUGCUGGCCUCAUUAUUCCUCCAGCCCCUCCCAGACCAGACUUUGAGGCUUCAAGGGAAAAGCUGCAGAAGUUGGGUGAGGGAGACAGCUCCAUCACCCGGGAAGAGUUUGCCAAGAUGAAGCAGGAGCUAGAGGCGGAAUACUUGGCCAUCUUUAAGAAGACUGUUGCAAUGCACUAAGUCUUCCUGCAGCGUCUGGCAGCCCAUCCCACCCUGCGUCAGGAUCACAACUUCUCCGUCUUCUUGGAAUACAGCCAGGAUCUGAGUGUUGGAGAGAAGAACAGGAAGGAGGUCUUGGGAGGGUUCCUGAGGAACAUUGUCAGAUCUGCAGAUGAAGUCCUCAUCACCAGCAUAUCAGGCCUCAAGGAGGUAGAUGACUUCUUUGAGCAUGAGAGGACCUUCCUAGUAGAAUACCACAACCGAAUCUGAGAUACCUGCCAGAGGGCUGACUGGGUUAUGCACUCCCACAAGUGCCUGGCAGAUGACUAUAUGCCUCUAUCUGCUGCACUGAGCAGUCUCAGCAGCCGGGAAGUCAGCCAGCUCAAGAGAUUUCUGCCUUCCACCUCCCAGGAACUGGCAGAGCUCUUUGAAUGACUGAGGAAGCUGGAAGGCCAGGUCGCCUCUGAUGAGGACCUGAAGCUGUCUGACAUGCUGAGAUACUACAUGCGAGACUCACAGGCAGCCAAGAUGAGGUGGCCCUAGGACCUGCUGUACCAGCAGCUGCGGGCACUGGCUGACUGUGAGACUGAGAACGCUAACAAGGCGCUGGACAAAGCUCGUGCAAGGAACCCGGAAGUGCGACCAGCAGAGAGCCACCAACAGCUGAGCUGCCAGCGCUUUGAGCGCCUGACUCCGCCAAGCAGGGUGAAGCUCAUGACCUUCAAGUCCUGCCGGGCCUCCUCUUUCCCUAAGAACCUCAUUGAGUUGGCAGAGUUGGAGCUCAGACAUGCCAAGGCCAGCACACUGCUUCUCCGGAACACCCUUGUUGCCCUUCAGGGAGAGCCCUAGUGAAACAAGAUGCCUUCAAUGACUUGAGUCCUCACCUCCUACCUCCCCCCAUAGAGAUGCCCCCUCUCUACCAAAGCAGCCAGUAGCCAUACCCCACUCAGGAACCUAUCUUUCCUGACAGGGCAGCAUGGGGGACACAAUUGGCCACAGGUAAGCAGCGGUCCCAGGGACCCUAGCCUUCCUCACAGCAGGCUGAAUCAAGUCUCCAUACCCCCACCCCGCCUCUGGCUUUUGAAUUCCCAUGUUCUUUACAAAUAAACA